GUCAGGUACAGGAUACAUACUCAUUCGAAUAUUAGAUACUAUCACGAGCCCCAAGUUUCUAAAGACCAUUACUGUCUACCUAAUCUCAGACGACAUAUAUAUCAUUGUCAUCAAGACAUAAUGUGUAUUGGUGAGUCUCACUGAUAGUAUUCUAUUACCAUACUAACUGCCGGCACAUCGCCAAGAUGCAUGAGUCUUGCGAUCACCGCCGUCACUCUGACGAGUCUUGCUUAUACUCCUGCUUUGGUGGUGGACGAUGCGAAGGUACAGUCUCACAAAGCCACCAUAGCAAGGCCCCGUGUAAGGAGUGCGAGCGUCUUGAAACCAAGCGUGCUCAAACUCAAGCGAGUAAAGCAGCGCAGAACUAUGGGUGGGGCGCUCCGGGGGCCAGAGACUCGUAUGUUGAACCUUCCCUACAGCGUGCCAUAUAUGGCAUGCCUGGUAGUGACUUUCACUUCUCUAAUUCGUAUAGUAAACCGCAGCAGCAACCUGCCCAGUACUAUCAGCAGAGGCCGAAGGGUAACAGUUGGCCGGCGCCCCGAGCACAACCGCAGAUGGUGUUUAGCGGUGGCCGUCCUGGCCCCGUCAAGGGGUUACCUUUGAUGCCGGCCAAGAAACCACAGUAUCAGUCGCAUCAACCUAUGCGAGCCGAGCCUCGUCGAGCGCCGAAGCCGGGCCCGAUUCAUAUACAGCAGUUGACCAAUAGUCACCAACCACAGGUCGUGAAUUAUCAUAGCGUUCGUCCUCAGGCUGCGCAAGUCGCGCAGAUCGUGUAUGCUGCGCAGAAGACUGUGCGGCGGGACAGCAAUGGUAUUUCCGAAUUCGGCAGCGAGGAAGGUGACUCUCCUGGGUGGAGGAAUUACACAGUUUCUCCACGCGCUGUCUCCCCACUUCGCGCCAGCUAUAGUCACCAGGCCUGGCUUGUAGGUAGAUAAACAACUCUGAAUGAGACAAACAUGAGUCUUGC